UCUUAAUUCCCGCAACAAUGUUCUGAACUUUGAAAGGGAUCUUUAAUUUUCAAUUGAAAUCAUGGAUUUUGACUGCGAGUCUGACAACACAGAUGACAUUUAUGAAGUGGAAAGAAUACUUGAAGCGAAAAAGAAGGAUGGUAGAGUGAUAUACAAGGUGCGCUGGGAAGGCUAUGGAUCAGAAGAGGACUCUUGGGAACCAAGUGAAAACUUGCUCACUUGUCAGGAACUAGUUGAGAGGUAUUGGGUGCAAAGGAAAGAAUCAUAUAAAAAGCGUGGCAGGAAGCCAAAGCGGCUGAAAGAAGUAGCGGGAGAAGACAGCGACACUGAUGAAGGAAACCGGAAGGACCAAAACGACGACGACGGUGAAAUGAGUACACCUCCAGAAAAACGGAGGCGCGGCCGUCCGCCGAAGAACAGAAGGUUCGAGACUGAUAGCGGAGCAGGAACUGAAGAAAGCGAAGGAAUCGCUGCUAAGAGAAAACGAGGACGGCCAGCGAAGGAUGAAGAACCUUUCCCACAAUAUGGUCCCUCAGAUUAUUUACUUCUGGACCUUGAUGAAAUAGCUCCCUUGGGUUUAACUCGACAAGCUAGUAAAGAAUUAGCUCUUGUCUCCCUUCGGAAGAAACAAGAAUUUAGUCCUGUUGCGGACUCGGAGAUCCAAGAUGCUUCGGAUGAAACAUCGUCAAAUACGAAAGAGGAAAGGGAUGAGGAUUCCAAAGCAAAUGAAACUUCCAAUGUCGAUCCAAGUACAGUUUAUUCAGAGCAGGACGACUUCCAAGUUAUAGAAAUUUCAUCCCAAAGCACAGACGAUGAGCGGGAAAAUCUACCACAGGAAUCUGAGCCCGCGAUAGAGAAAGAGUGGAUUGUGAUCUCUUCGCAAAGUGAUUCUGAGAGUGAACAGGGAAAUUUACAACUGGAAUUGUCGAGGAAUACGAGGAAGAAAAAAAAAGAGGAAUCGAAUACCCGGAGUACUGAAACAGAAACUAGCCUUGGGAAGAAGGAAAGGACAACUAAAAUGAAAGAAUCAUUUUCUGUUGAAAAUCAGAGUGAGGCGAAGAAAAGCGACAACGAUUCUAGUGGUGAUAACUUUUCCCCAUUAAGUUUUAGUAUCGAAAGUCGGACGAAAGCUCUGCAAGGUGAAAUCGAUAACGUUUUACCUAACCUGGAUGAUAAUGAAAUGGUAACAGGAAAAGACUCCGACGAACUAGCGCAAGAAACAGACGUAAACUCGAACGAAGUGAAGUCAUCGCUUCUUCGACCUGAUGUGUCGUCCAAACUUUCAUUGUCGAAAAUGCGAACCUUAGGGAAGUCCAUGAAAGUGAAGAACCAAGUUGAUGAGAGGUUGCGUAACCCCAACGAUACUAAAGGAAGCGUAGAUUUUUCGCCAAGUCUCGAUGCAAACGGAAAUUCAAACAAAACAGAUGGUGUGUUGAGUUCGGAAACGUCACAGCCACUUUUUCGAAGUUCUAUCGACGAAAAUAAAAUCGAUGAGGCGAGGGGAACACAACGGGACACUGACAUCUUGGAAAUUUCUGCGACGAGAUCGUCGCUCGACGGGGACGUGUCGCAGUUGAAUAAUCGUGUUACAAUGAAACGACACGUUGACAUGGAAAACCGGAUGAAGGGAAAAGCGAAGAGGACAGAAGGACGUCCUAAAUCAAGAAGAGAGUUUAAAAGGCCGCUGUUGACAGAUAAACCAUCUGCAAUACACCCAAACUCCAAUGGGGCAGGCGGUUCUGCGGGGGUUAUGACCGAUUCCUUGGGAAAAAAAACGGACAAGCAGCACAUUGUCGCCUCUACAACCGCUGCUGAUUUAUUACCAAGGCAGAAUAAUACGAAAUCGGUUGCUCUCAUGGAUGGAGAUUUGAUCGGUGCUAUUAUUCAGGAUAGUGGCAAAGAUGAUGAAAGUAAAAAUAAGCCAGUUACAUCGAAACAGAGCAAUAUUGACGGGAAAACGCAUAAUGGUACACAAGGUGACGGGGAAAAUGGUAGAAUUUUGGACAGCGGAAUGGAAGACAUUUCAGAAGGAGAGGAUGAUCUAAGUGAUUUUGAGUUCGACUUGGAUGACUUUUCGCCACAUUCUUUCUUUAACGAAGUCGAGGAAGCGAUUGUUAGUGAUAGAGCUCCUUCCCCAGCCGCAGAACCUCUGAUUCUCUCAUGGACCGCCUUGAAACAAGCGAUUCGAGACGGCGACACCCUGCUGGUGAGGCGUGCUCUUGCUGUGCCUGGGUUCAAUCCGGAUACCAUCGACACUGCAUCAGGAAUGACACUACUCAUGUGGGCCGCGACUUGUGGCAAGGAUGACAUCGUGAGGCUUCUAUUGAAAAAAGGAGCUGGUGUAAACACUGAUCAGAAAAGAACCGGAAUGACAGCACUCAUGCAUGCUGCAGAACAGGGUUUUCCAGAAACUGUGCAAAUCCUGCUAGAGUGUGGGGCCCACAUCAAUUGGCAACAGCCGGCAGGCGAGACGGCACUCAUGAGGGCGUGUAAGAAAGGCCAUGAGGAAGUUGUUGGAGUGUUAUUGAAGCAUGGUGUGGACACAAAAGUUCAGUCAAACUACGAGCAGACCGCUAUACAAAUCGCUGUGAGAAACCAGUAUUUUGAAAUACAAAAUUUGCUCUCAGAACACGAAAAAAGCAUGGACAACACUUUACAAGCUGCAUUGGGGAAAUGUCUGGAAUCAGCCGGAACUUUACGGCUCCCCUUGGUUAUGCCGUAUCGCUGUAUUGCUCCGGGGGAGAAAGACAGGGAGACUUUCCUUAUCAAAUAUAACUCGAAUAAAGCACCUCCAGGCACCAAAGUGGUUUUAUUUUGUGUGAAAGCUGAUUUUUACGGUGAUGAAGUAUGUCUUAGUUUUUGCGGUGACAAUGGAGUACGCUCAAUACUGCUAAAUUCCAGUAUACAGUAUCCACUGGUUCAGGGUAACAGAUCUGUGUACCCCCUGAGUCUUGACAGUGAAUUACCAAGCAAUGAACUCACUGUGGAAACACACCUAAUCAAGAGCAGACUGAUUGUUUGCGUCGCUAACGUGAGUCCAACCAAUGGCGAUAGUUGAUGUACAAUCUGAGAAAUUAUUAUUUAGUGGACGGAUUAUAAAUGAAUUGUAAUUCUUAACGGUCAUUUCAUAGCCAAGAAAUUAUUUAUUGGAAGAGAUGAGCGUGCGCUCUUCAAAAGUGAAUACAUAAUUAUAUACUUUUUAAUAAAAUUUCAUAUCUAAGGUGA